UAUAAACGCACGCUGAACCGCGUGACCCUCUGCGGCCGCCGUAGCUGAGAGAGUGCUGUACCCGGGCGCUGCGCUGCUGCUGUGCAGGAUGGCGGCUGCAGUGAAAUCUCUGGCUCUUAGUUGGGCUCUCACCCUGAGGUCAGGUAGGAUACUGAUAGACGGGACUCACCUGGACAGGUACAGAUGGAGCAGCCGCAUCAUUAGGACCUUCUCUCUGAGCUGUGAGCUCUGCGGGAAACACAGAGAAAAUCAGAGGAAGAAGGAGCUCUCAGAGAAGAAGCUGUCUCGGUACUUCGUGGAUCAGCGCAGGGUGAAGUUGGAGGCGGGAUCAGGAGGUAAUGGAGUCUGCAGCUUCCACAGUGAACCCCGUAAAGAGUGGGGCGGACCCGACGGGGGGAACGGUGGGAACGGAGGAGAUAUCAUUAUUAAAGUGAAUCAGCAGGUGAAGUCUCUGUCUCUGGUCUCGUCGGUGUAUCGGGGAGAAAACGGAGAAUCUGGCAGGAGUAAAAACUGCUACGGACGCAACGCAAACCCCACAUAUAUACCGGUACCGGUGGGCACGGUGGUGAAGGAGCAGGGCCAGACGGUGGCUGACAUGGCGCUGCACGGUCAGGAGUACGUGGCGGUGCACGGGGGGGCGGGAGGAAAAGGGAACCGGUUCUUUCUGUCCAAUGAGAACAGAGCUCCGAUGACGGCGACGCCCGGAGAGCCAGGAGAGGAUCGGGUUCUCCAGCUGGAGCUCAGAACCAUGGCCCACGCUGGACUGGUUGGUUUUCCGAACGCAGGGAAGUCGUCGUUGUUGAGGGCGAUCUCUAACGCCAGACCUGCUGUAGCGUCGUAUCCCUUCACCACCCUCAGCCCACACGUCGGCAUCAUCAAUUACAGAGACCACGAACAGCUCGCAGUGGCGGAUAUCCCCGGGCUGAUCCGCGGCGCUCACCUGAACCGCGGGCUGGGCGUGUCCUUCCUGCGGCACAUCGAGCGCUGCCGCUUCCUGCUGUUCGUGUUGGACAUGUCGUCUCCGUCGCCGUGGGAACAGCUGCAUCACCUGGAGUACGAGCUGGACCAGUACCAGCCGGGACUCUCCCGAAGACCCAACGUCAUCGUGGCUAAUAAAAUGGACCUGGGCGGAGCCCGGGAGAAUCUGGAGGCUCUGAUUGGUCGCGUGGGUCACCGGGUCAUCCCCGUAUCCGCCCUGACGGGACACGGGACGGAGGAGCUGGUCCUGUACCUGCGGGAACUGUACGACGGAGACCUGCAGAGCGACAACCCGGCCGGCGGGAAGCCCCUGCGGUGGUAGACUUUAAUAUAUACGGAUAGAGGGAACUAAUAUUCCCACGUUAACCACUAGAGGGCGCCCUUAAUUAAAAUAUAUAAAAUAUAUAUAUAUAUAUAUAUACACAUACAUAUAUAUGUAUGUGUAUAUAUAAUAUGAACAAGAAGCUCAGAUUAGCUCUUAUGCUUCACUAUUCAACAGUGGAUUUCCUUUGUUAUUUAUUGCAUAUAUGUAUAAAAUAUAUUUUGGUAUGAA